UGCGGCGGAUCUCCUGAUGAGGCUCGAGCGCGCGGUUGUCGUUUUGAACUGCACAACUUCGCCUGGAUUCCACCGGAAUGUUACGACGAGGAGUUAUCGCAAGAGUGGUACGACAAGUAUGAUUGGCCAAUGACGCACGAUCGAUAUGGCCAGCAAGUCAUAUCGAAGGAGGAAGCGCAAAAAGGGAAUAUCGCCGCAGCGUGGGUUACUUGGCCACAAUAUGUCACACAUUGCGGGCUGAUUUGGCGCAAAUAUCAUCGCUCCAUCAUAUACAACCGGCCGAUGGACAACUGGACAAACAGCUACUUCCACACUAAUCAUUGUGGGGAGAUGAUGGUCAAGUGGGACUUGCUGAAGAAUUCGUCGUGUGGAUUAGAGAUAUUGCACCUCAAGUAUCCAACGUGU